GGUGCAGGCGUAACAAUUGACCUUUGCCCCUGUCGAAAAGGGCAAAAAGGAAUAGUGACUUCAUCUGGAUCCCAUUUGAGUGAAAUCCAAGCAUAGACAGACAUAUAUCAUCUCCUGUUUAUGUAUACAGCAUCUUGGUAUUUGGUUAUGAAAUGGCCGAAAACAGGAUGAUAUCUGUUGAAGAAGCACUCGAUACAGUGUUGAAUGUCGCUCAAAGGCUGCCGCCUGUGACAGUAUCCCUCCAUGAGGCCUUAGGCAAAGUUUUGGCGCAAGAUAUUACUGCCCCCGAUCCUCUUCCUCCUUAUCCUGCCUCUGUCAAGGAUGGGUACGCAGUACUUGCUUCAGAUGGACCAGGUGAAUAUACUGUAAUUACUGAAUCAAGAGCAGGAAAUGAUGGAGUUGGCGUGACUGUGACCCCUGGAACUGUUGCUUAUGUGACAACAGGAGGACCAAUACCUGAUGGUGCUGAUGCUGUUGUGCAAGUAGAGGACACCCAACUAAUAGAAAGUGCAUCAGUUGAUUCAAAGCGAGUACGAAUAUUGAAACAGAUUAAGCAGGGAGUUGAUAUACGUCCAGUGGGAUGCGAUAUUGCUGAAGGUGAUGUGGUUUUGAAAUCAGGAGAACGUUUAGGACCUGCAGAGAUUGGCCUACUUGCGACUGUGGGUGUACUGACAGUGAAGGUAUAUCCUACCCCAACAAUUGCUGUGCUUUCGACGGGUGAUGAACUUGUUGAGCCAACCAGUGAGAUUUUAAAUCGUGGUCAGGUACUGAAAUUAUUUUGGUCUUCUGGAGCGUUGGCGUGGUGGAUACUUUCAUUAUUUCCUUUACUUGAAAAAAGCGGAAGAGUACACUUCCAUAAGGUUUGUAUGAAGCCAGGAAAACCUCUUACAUUUGCUGAGAUACUUCCUGGGUCUACUGAAAACAAGAAAGCCAAUAAAAUCCUUGCGUUUGGAUUACCUGGGAACCCUGUGAGCUGUUUGGUCUGUUUCCAUCUCUUUGUGGUCCCUGCCAUUCGACAUCUUUCUGGAUGGACCAAUCCUCACCUUCCAAGAGUGCAUGCUCGUCUUAAGCGGUCGAUAAAGACUGAUCCAAUUCGUCCGGAAUUUCAUCGGGCCUUUGUCAAGUGGGAGGUCAAUAAUAGAUUAGGAAACUCAGGAUUUGUCGCUGAGAGUACUGGCCACCAAAUGAGUAGUCGACUUCUAAGUAUGAAGUCAGCAAAUGCUUUCUUGGAACUUCCUGCAUCAGGCAACCUAAUUCCGGCUGGAAGUUUUGUGGUAGCAUCGAUCAUUUCCGACUUAAGUGAUUUUGCUGGACAUGGGAUACCGACAUCAACCCAGUCAGUUAACGUGGAACAGGGAUGCAUGCCUCAAGAAAUAAAUAUUGAGUCACAAGGUUCUGAAUUUAGAGUGGCUAUCCUCACAGUAAGUGACACUGUUGCAUUGGGCUCAGGGCCUGAUAGAAGUGGUCCACGGGCAGUUUCUGUUGUGAAUUCAUCAUCACAAAAACUAGGAGGGGCAAGUGUGGUUGCUACAGCUGUUGUUCCAGACGAGGCGCUGAAAAUCAAGGAAUACUUAAAGAGGUGGAGUGAUGUUGACAAAAUGGAUCUCAUUCUUACCGUUGGUGGCACUGGCUUUACCCCAAGGGAUGUCACCCCAGAAGCUACAAAGGAGUUGAUACAUAAGGAAACACCUGGUCUUCUGCAUGUUAUGAUGCAAGAGAGCUUGAAGGUAACACAAUUUGCAAUGCUCUCCCGCUCUGCAGCUGGAAUAAGAGGAUCGACAUUGAUAAUUAACAUGCCGGGGAAUCCCAAUGCUGUGGCGGAAUGCAUGGAGGCUUUGCUGCCUGCUCUUAAGCAUGCAUUGAAGCAAAUCCGGGGGGACAAGAGAGAAAAACAUCCUCGUCAUGUUCCUCACGUAGAUGCUGCUCCGGUUGAUACCUGGGAACACAGUUACAAGGCGGCUUCUGGUGAUGGCCAAGAACAUGGUUGUUCUUGUUCACAUUAAUGGCAGCUUGGUAUAUCAGGGUCAUGUAGUGUCAAGAAGUAUUUUACUGUGGAUAUUGGUAUUGACCAAAUUUUCCAUGUAUUUACAUUUUAUUUUCUGUAGCUCGGGUUCUUUAGAACUUUGAAUAGAAUUUGCUAGAAUGACAAACAAGGCAUGCCGAGUAUAAAUUUAUCUAAGGUGUGUUGUAUAUUUUGCUGUUAUUGUUCAUAA